AUGCCUGGCUCGGAUGCGGGUGCCCUGCCUGGUGGCACGCCGCCUGGAUCGCCUCGGCCUUCAGUUGAGCUUCAGAGUGCACGCUCUGACAUCUCUUCCGACAUUAUCCAACAGAUGGGCGGCCUCGUUGGAGGCAAUAUCGGUGGCAUCCCGGGAUACAUCAUGCUGGUGUUCCCCAAGGUCAUGACCAAACUGGCAAGAUAUCCACGCCUGGCCAAGUUACUCUCAUUCGCCCUCACGCUGGCUGUAGCCUCGUAUCUGAACUUCUCCAUGGUCACUGGUGCCAUGUCAACAGCCUGGCAUUACUUCAUUCAGCUCUUCACAUCAUCCAUCACGGUCUCGGGCCAAGACCCUAUCGUCGACGAUGUUCAGUCAUGGCUCCGGAAGGUUCGCACCUUCACCGGCACUUCGCUCAAGGGGGAGUCCAGCUACUUCAUCAAGAAGCGUGAGGGUGACAACGACUAUGACGAUUGGGAGUACGACGACGAUGGCAACCGCAUGCAGAAAGACGAAGACGAGCAAACGUUUCGGAUGAUCUUGCACUCCAAGCACAACAUGCAGCUCUUCCGACACCAGGGCCGCUAUUUCCUCGUCAGCAAGGAAGGUGGCGACAGCCUCUACAACCCCGCUUCGGUUGACUCGAUCACCUUUUACUGCUUUGGCUGGUCGCCGAAGCCCAUCACCGAGCUGCUCACGGAGAUUGACAAGUCGAAGAAGGUGGUGCAGCAGGAGCGUUGGACGACUAUCCGGACCCACGAGGAGGAUCGCUACGCGAGCUGGUCGCGGCCGCAGACGAAGUUGGCGCGGCCGAUCAGCUCGGUGGAUUUGAACGAGGGUGACAAGGAGAUGAUCGUCAAUGAUGUGGCGGAGUAUCUCGCCCCUGAGACCAAGCAAUGGUAUCAUAAGCUCGGUAUCCCCUACCGCCGGGGCUACCUCUUCCAUGGCCCGCCAGGGACUGGCAAGUCUUCCCUCGCUAUGGCCCUGGCUGGAAAUUUCAAGCUUGAUAUCCAUGUCCUGUCGCUGCUCGACAAGAACAUGAACGACUACACGCUCAACAGACUGAUCAAGUCAAUGAGUGGCAGGCCGCUUGUCUUGCUUGAGGACAUUGACUCGGCCGGUGUUGGUCGAGACUUCGACGAGGAUGAUUCUGAUGAUGACGAGUCCGACGACGGACACUGGCGGCGCAAGCAGAAGAAGUCUAAUGUCACGCUCUCCGGCCUUCUGAAUGCGAUCGACGGCGUUGGUGCGCCAGAAGGACAAGUUCUGAUUAUGACAACCAACCAUCUCGACACCCUCGACGAUGCCCUUGUCCGCGCCGGCCGCGUUGACAUUAAAGUCAAGCUUGACUGGUGCUCGCGCUCGCAGACCCGUGACAUCUUCCUCCGCAUGUACUCGCAAAAUUACAGGCGGAAGGCCACCACGGAGGGUCAGCACAACUACUCACAGGCAUCGUUGGAGGAGAUGGCGGGCAAGUUCGCCGAGCAGGUCCCCGAGUUCCAGAUCUCGCCUGCAGAGCUGCAGGAUUUCAUCCUCAUGCGCAAGUCUAACCCGCAGAAGGCGCUGGACAACAUUGGUGAGUGGGCGCAGAAGGUGAUUCGGGAGCGACGAGAGGCUGAAGAGGAGGCGGCGAAGAAGAAGAAGAAGAACAAGAAAAAGAACGACGACAAGGAGGAGCCGAGCGAGAACGGGGAUGGCAGUCGCACGCCGCCACCAACGUUCGAAGAAGUGACCGCUCAGAAGUCGACUUUGAUUCGGUGGCUGAAGAAGUUUGUCAUGGUCGAGUAUAGCUCCUAG